UACUUUGGGUUCCUAGACAAACUAAAAGUGAACAGAAAACUCCAUUCCCCCUUCUUAAAAACAACCACCGCCCAAAUUAAAUGAUCGACGCCCUCUAAUUGAGGUUGCGAUACCUUCCAGAAAUCAGACGCGCACAAUUUACCAAGCAUAAGAAAACUAGGUGUGCUGUUUAGAUCUUAAAAGCGGGGAAUGAGGCAUGUGAUCAGCCUGUAUUGUGCAGCAAUACUUUCUCUUCCUGGACUGCAUGCACGAUGACUUUGAAUCGCUUGCGAACGCUGUGGCUACUCUGUUGUGUAGCUAAUUUGUAUGGAUUCCAACAAGAAUUCCGCUUUGCCUCUUACUACGGGGAUCACAUGGUUCUCCAGAAGGCACCGCAGCGAGCGGUGGUCUGGGGAUACGGCGAAGAUGCGGCUGAAGUUACCGUCACUGUGGUGGGAGAGCGGGAGAAGGUCUCACACACUGUGAAUGUGGACAAAGGCAUCUGGAGGGUGACUCUGGACCCAGUGAAUCCUGGAGGGCCCUUCGUCCUGAGUGCUGUCCAGCAGAGCCGACUGGCUACCACAGUCCGCAACCUGAGCGACGUCCUCUUCGGAGACGUGUGGCUCUGCGGGGGACAGAGCAACAUGGAGAUGACCCUGUCCCAGGUGAUGAACGCCACUGAAGAGCUAUCCCAGGCUGCAAAGUUCCCCAGGGUACGUGUCUUCUCUGUGGCUCUGGAGAAAAGCGAUGUGAAGCUAACCGACUUGGCCGGAGUAGAGCUGCCCUGGUCUGUCCCUUCUGCAGAGGUCCUGGGCGCAGGGAUUUUCACCCACUUCUCCGCCGUCUGCUGGCUGUUUGGACGCGACCUCUACAAGAGCCGGGGGGACCCCGUGGGCCUGGUGGAGUCGUGCUGGGGCGGCACCCCCGUGGAGGCGUGGUCCUCGAGGAGGGCGCUGAAGCACUGUGGCCUGGCCGACGCGCCGAGCAGGCUGCAGGUGAAGGAGGGUCACUGGAAAAAUACAGUGCUGUGGAAUGCCAUGAUCCAUCCCCUGCUCAACAUGACCAUCAGAGGAGCUAUCUGGUAUCAGGGUGAGGCAAAUACAGAAUACCAUCAGGACCUGUACAACUGCACCUUCCCGGCAAUGAUUGAUGACUGGAGACUGGCCUUUCACCAGGGCUCAGGAGGCCAAACUCCGGCAGAUCUGCCCUUCGGAUUCGUGCAGAUCUCAACCUAUAUGAAAAAAUCACAGAGCGAUGCUUAUCCUAACCUGAGAUGGCAGCAGACAGCUGACUUUGGUUUUGCUCCUAACAAACGCAUGAAGAAUACUUUUAUGGCUGUCAGUCUGGACUUGGGGGAUGAGAGGUCGCCAUGGGGCAGUAUCCACCCACGCUAUAAACAGGAUGUGGCUUACCGGCUGACACUGGGGGCGCGGGCUGUGGCCUACGGAGAAAAAGUGUCUUUCCAGGGUCCUUUCCCGCAGAAGAUUUCUGUUCAAGCAGCUAACAUCAGCAUCAUCUACUCCACAAACAUCUCCGUCACGCUUCACAAGAGCAUCUUUGAAGUCUGCUGCUCCAGGCAGAGGGAAGUUGGCGAUUCCAGCUCUUCGUGGCUCCCAGCACCAAUCAUUAAGGCCAACAGCGAUUCUGUUGUACUGUCCACAGAAAACUGUACAUUGAAAGUUUCUGGCCUGCGUUACGCCUGGAAAGACUGGCCAUGUGACUUCAAGGCUUGUCCAGUCUACAGUGCUGAUGGAGUCCUGCCCGCUCCCCCUUUUAUUGUAGACAGUGGCCAUUAGGUCAGAGCAAAGAUAACAUAUUUGACCUCCUUGAUGUCAUUUUGCACAAACAAAUCUUGCACUUGAAUAAAUGCGUUCUACUAAAGCGUCGAUUAUUGCAAUAAUGCACAUUGUGUCAAAUUCAGGUGAAAUUCAGAGUACUUAGAGAAUAAAAAAUUAUGGCAUUA